UCUACUUCCUUCUGGAAACAGCUUGCCAUCGAACAGCGUUAGUUUAAGUGUUGCCAUUUAAAAAAAAUAGUUUUCGCACAUUUAAGUUAUCCAUAAGGGCAUAUAUCAGCCCGAACAUUUUAAAUAUUUUAUAAUCAACGGCCCUAAAGCAAUCUGGAUAUACCGGUACCGCCACUUCCUGUUUAGUAAGUGUGAAGACAAACGAAUCACAGGCAAAGUUUUUCUUCCGCUCAUCAGCCGUGGAUAUCUGAAGUGGUUUUUCAAGAUGAUGCGAAAUGAACAUUUUAAAUGGAUCUUUCAAGAGUUCAAAGGUUUGGUUCCUGACCUCACGAGCGGGAUUGUAAUAGUGGUACUUUUAUCGUGUGCUUUGUUCGGCAUACAAACAUAUUUCAACUUCACUCAGGGAGUGCUCAGUGUUGGUGCUACUGUGUUUCAACAUGGGCACCUCCAAAGGCUCUUGGCGUACCCUUUUUACCACAAAACCUCUGCUCAGCUCCUCGUGAACAUCACAGCUCUGGUGUUUCUCAGCGGCAGUCUCGAGAAAGGUGUUGGCACUGUUCGCUUCCUGUUCUUGUUCCUGCUGCUGUCGACCACCACAGGCUUUUUCUACAGCUUCCUGGAUCUAAUGCAAGAAGACAGCAGCCGGAGUCCCGCAGAGGGGCUGCUUCCUGCGGCCCUGGCAUGUGUGGCUCUCACUACCAUGCACACAAAAAUGACUAAAGGAUUCCUGUGUGGGGUCAGUUUCCCCACCAUGGCUCUGCCUUGGGUGCUCCUCAUAAUCACCACUGCCGUCGUUCCUUACAGUGUGCUCCCCUGUAACAUUAUUGCCAUCCUGGUUGGUUGGAUGUAUGGGAAAGGAUGGUUCUCUCUUCUGAAUAUAUCUGCAGAAAAGGCUGGAACUCUGGAGAAGAUGAUACCUUUCCGGUUGUUGAGGAGCAUCAGGGGUAUCAAGUUUGUCCCUGCUUCCACAGAGGAGAGGAGGAAAACACUCCUUCCACAAAUCAAUCCAACCCCUGGUUCCUACCCGGUCCAGGCUUAUGCUCCAUUGUCCAGCAUGAACCCAGCCAAUAUGACAGCCAAUAUUUAUGAAGGCUGGUCCAACUCGACUGCCGCUCUUUCCGGUCUCACACCACCUGUUAUUCCCCAAGGCUCUGCUCAUAGCUCUGGGCCAAAUCAUGGACAUGGUUCACAGCAGAGUGUUGGCCAAAGCUGCAACCACAGCCAUAGCGACGGUCAUGGUCAUGCUCAUUUAUAAGCAUGAUGAUUUAUUUAAUUGCUUUACAGUGUUCCAUCCAUAUAGAGGAGCCUUGCUGCCAGGCACCUGCAGCGUCUCUCGUUUUUGGCUUGAUUUUACAUUAGGGUAUUACAGUAUUUGUCGACCGUCUGAAGCUUGUAUUUUAAUGACAUUUGUUUAAAUGUUUGAAGUUUAUGUGUAACUUUUGUACAUACAUUUAAAAAAAACAAAAAACA